AUGUCUCCAAGGACCAACGACCCUGAGCGGGUCUCAAUGUCACAGUCCAUGCAUACCUCCAUGGUUCAAGGAAUCUCAAAUCUUGCCUCAAGAUCAAUCCAGGAUGAUGAAUUGUCGAGCCAUGACAGCUCUUCGAUGUGUUCAAGUAUUCCUACAAGCCAUGGAAAUCCCCAGGACAUGAAAGACUGGACUUUGAACCACUCAGACCAGCCCAUUAAGCAAGACUCUUCCGAGGUGCACAUGCUUUCUUUCUCGCUGUCUCAGCAGCUGAUGACCCCCACGGUCGGACCAAAUGAUGUGAUGUAUUCUGGCGUGGACUUCCCAGCAGUCCCAGACAUGAAUGACCAUGAAAUGUCCCGGGAUCUCUAUACUUCUUUCCUGGACUUUUCCUCUGUUGAAAAUGAUGUCUGCCACAGGAAUGGCACCCCAGAUGAUGCUCUUUCCAUCGGACACAGCUCCCACACCGAGGACGGCCACUAUAUCACAGGCCCUGAAUCAUGGACCCCCAUGAUGCAUGACGGCCAAUACCCAGGAACCACCAUGGACCAAUUUUCGUCAGGUCUAUUCCAGACUGUCCCAGUCUCCCCACCACUGACCGACGCAAGCAAUGAUGUUUCUGUCACUUCCUCUUGCUCUAACUCUGGAUUCCCUUCAUUUAUGGGCCCUGAUGAUUCACUCCUCGGAGAUUUUACCACUUCGCCCCUCGGAACCCAUGGAAUCAACCCAGCAGAGCCCCUGUUCCCCAACACUCUUGACAGGGACCUCCACAGGACCAUUAGACCAACCAGACAGUCCCGCCGUUCAGCUCUGCCAGCUGCUCAGCCCAAGGUCGAACCAGAGUUCUUCCAACCGCUCCCCGUGAGAGAGCAGGUCCGCCAGCGAUCCAAGGAAGGUGUCGAGGCUCGCAACCCGCGGGAGCACCACUACUACUCCAUGUCCACCCACAGCGAUGGAAAAUACUACUGCCCAUUCGCUACCGGAGAGAAACCCUGCAGUCACCCACCCACCACGCAAAAAUGCGCUUACCAGCAAGUUCUCCCCAAGUACCUGGACUCCCAUCUGAAGCCCUACCGGUGCAAGGCCCCCGCCUGCAUUGAUGCCCAGCUCCGCUUCUCUUCCAACGCUUGUCUCUUCCGCCACGAACGUGAAGCCCACGGCCUCCAUGGCCACGGAGAUAACCCCCACCUCUGCCUGUGGGAGGGCUGCGAACGUGCUGUUCCAGGCAAUGGAUUCCCCCGGAGAUGGAACCUCUACGACCACAUGCGCCGUGUCCACGACUAUGCCACCUCCGAGCGUCAGAGCUCACCCGAGACCUCGCCCGGCGCUGGUCAGAUCAAGAAGAAGGAACCCGCUAGCCGUAAGAGGAGAGUCACCGGUGCCACUCCCGCUCCUACUAUGAAGCGCACUCGCUCCGUCCACUCCCAGGCUGGUUCUGUCAAGGCUACCCAGGCCUCUGCGAGCCUCGGUCAGCGUCUCCAGACUGCUGAGCGGAACUACGACAAGUGCCGCGUGCGCCUGUUGGAAGAGUUGACCAACAUCACUCCCCAGGAUACCUCCAUGCACGAGCGUGUCAACGCCGGUCUCCAAGAACUGUUUACUUUGGGCUUGAACUACCGUCACAUCGAGGCCAGCCAGGCUGUUUCCCAGAUGCCAAGUGGACUGCCCGCGUGA